ACACACAUACUGAUCGUGCCCAUCUCCUCCUCCUCCACUCCGACUGGUAGCCCCAUGUCCAGCCCCAGUAGCGGCAGCCCGGAGAGGGAGGGGGGCCCGAUGGCGGUGGGCCGGCUGGAGAGCCUCUCGUCCCCCCCGGGGCUGGACGGCGGCGACCCCCCCUCCAUGGGGAGCCCCGUGCUGAGCCCCGACUCGUCCUCGCACGACACCGCUCUCUCGGCGCCGGCCGCCUCGCCCGCCGACUCGGAGAACCUCAGCCCCGACGAGCUGGAGCUGCUGGCCAAGCUGGAGGAGCAGAACAGGUUACUGGAGGCCGACUCCAAGUCCAUGCGCUCGAUGAGCGGUUCUCGGCGGAACAGCGGCUCGUCGCUGGUGUCCAGCUCGUCGGCCUCGUCCAACCUGUCGCACCUGGAGGAGGACACCUGGAUCCUGUGGGGACGCAUCGUCAACGAGUGGGAGGAGUGGCGCCGCAAGAAGGACAAGCUGCUCAAGGAGCUGAUCAGGAAGGGAAUCCCUCACCACUUCCGGGCCAUCGUGUGGCAGUUGCUGGGCAACGCCACCGACAUGCCGGUGAAGAACCAGUACUCGGAGCUGCUCAAGAUGUCGUCGCCGUGCGAGAAGCUGAUUCGCCGGGACAUCGCCCGCACCUACCCCGAGCACGAGUUCUUCAAGGGCCAGGACAGCCUGGGCCAGGAGGUGCUCUUCAACGUCAUGAAGGCGUAUUCUCUGGUUGACAGGGAGGUUGGAUACUGCCAGGGGAGUGCCUUUAUUGUGGGUCUGCUGCUUAUGCAGAUGCCAGAGGAGGAGGCGUUCUGUGUGUUUGUGCGUCUGAUGCAGGAGUAUCGACUGAGGGAGCUCUUUAAGCCCAGCAUGGCCGAACUGGGCCUCUGCAUCUAUCAGUUUGAGUACCUGCUACAGGAGCAGCUGCCGGAGCUGAACGUGCACUUCCGCUCGCAGAGUUUCCACACGUCCAUGUACGCCUCGUCCUGGUUCCUCACGCUCUUCCUCACCUUCCUCCCUCUGCCCGUCGCCACGCGCAUCUUUGACAUCUUCAUGUACGAGGGUCUGGAGAUCAUAUUCCGUGUUGGCAUGGCCAUCCUGCAGUAUAACCAGACCGACCUCAUCCAGCUGGACAUGGAGGGCAUGUCACAGCACUUCCAAAAGGUCAUCCCUCAUCAGUUCGACAGCUGUCCAGACAAACUCAUCCUGAGAGCCUACCAGAUCAAAUACAACCCCAAGAAGAUGAAGAAGCUGGAGAAAGAAUACACUACUAUCAAAAACAAGGAAAUGGAAGAGCAGAUUGAAAUUAAGAGACUGCGUACGGAGAACAGGCUGCUGAAGCAGAGGAUAGAGACCCUGGAGAAGGAGAGUGCAGCUCUCGCUGAUAGGCUGAUUCAGGGUCAGGUGACGCGUGCCCAGGAAGCGGAGGAGAACUACGUGAUCAAGAGGGAGCUGGCGGUGGUGCGGCAGCAGUGCAACUCGGCCAGCGAGAACCUGGAGCGCGCCCAGGACACCAUCAGGGAGCUGCAGCAGCAGAAGUACACAGAGGAGUUUGUGCUGGGGCUGCAGACCCAGCUGGAGCAGUCGCGGCUGCAGGAGGCUGAGCUGCUCGGGGCGCUGAAAGAGAUGCAGGACAAGGUGCUGGACCUGGAGAAGAGGAACAGCUCCCUGCCGGACGAGACCAACGUGGCCCAGGUGCAGGAGGAGCUGAAGCAGGUGAAGCUGAGAGAGCUGGAGACGCUGCGCUCCUUCAGAGAGAUGCAGGAGACCGUCACCGAGCUCAACCAGCGCUGGCAGCACCACACGUCAUCGCGGAGCGGAGGCCACUGGAAGGAGUCCCCCAAGAAGAACGCCAUGAACGAGAUGCAGGACAAGCUGAUGGGGGUGCGUCUGCGGGAGGCCCAGGCCCAGGCCGAGCUCAAGGAGGUCAAGCUCAAAGCCCUGCAGCUGGAGAGCCAGAAUCAGAUCCACAGUAAGCUGCUGGCGAGGCACGAGCAGGAGAGCUCGGCCCUGCACGACCGCCUGCAGCACCUCACCACCCACAACAAGAGCCUACAGAGCCAGCUCAACGAGAUGAGGAGGAAGCAAUCAGAGUCUGACUGCAAGAGUAAAGAGGAGGUGAUGGCGGUGCGUUUGCGGGAGGCUGACAGUAUGGCCGCCAUGGCUGAACUCAGACAGAGAAUCGCGGAGCUAGAAAUACAGAAGGAGGAGGGCCUGAUCCAGGGUCAGCUGAACCACUCUGACUCUCGUCAGUACAUCAUUGAGCUCCGAGAACAGAUCGCCGAGCUCAAGAAUGAGAUCAGGCAGCUUCGUGGACAGCCCUCGGGCUGUGGAGGCGGCAAGGUGGGCUUGGUCGGCGGCGGCGGCGGGGGCGGGGCCUAUCAGGACCUCUGCCUGGCCAGCCCGGUGUCGGCGGAGGGCGACUACCUGAGCUCGGACGAGGACCUGCUGCCCAGCCCGCUGGCCCCGGCGCUGGCGGACGCGCUGUACCCGCCGCAGCAGCUGCAGCACCAGCACCAGCGCCCCCCGCAGGACAGCGAGGGCAGCACGGACAGCGAGGAGGGCGAGGAGCGGCGGGGGGGGCGGCCCGACACGCUGGGGGAGUCACCAACACCGCGCCACAUCUACUCCAGCAUGGUGUGCGCCGAGGGCCUGGACAACUGA